AUGGAUGGUAGUAAUGCUGGUGCGGAGAGACUGGGGGAAAGGUUGUUGGGUGAGGUUGAAGUGGAAGGGUUGAGUUCGUUGUUUGCUUCUCUGAGACGAAUCAUCGAACCUGAUGAAGAAAGACAGUAUUUUGGAAUUCCCGAAAUCGAUGCUCUCUUCCCAACACCACCGCCGCCUCCUCCAGCAACCCGCGAACAACCACAGAACCAAAGCCAUGAUGCCGACAAUUCUUAUGGCGAUGGCCAUGGCGAUGAUGAUAACGACCUAUGGAAUCCAUCUUCGUCGCCCUCCAAUCGGCCAGACCAAGCCCAACCAAAUCAACCCUAUAUCUCCAACCAAGUCACAAUCCCACCACCACUUCCACCUCCUUUAACCCCAUCAAUACCAAUCCUAACGAUCAUCUCCUCACCAUCAUCACACACCCCAGCCUCCUCAGGGAAGACCUCACUACUCUACCUGAUUCUCUCCCGAGCCCUCCUCCCAUCCUCAAUCUCCCUCUCCAUCCACCGCCCCCAACCCCCAACAACGAUCCCCCUAUACGGUCAAACCCGCACAAUUCUCCUCUUCGACCCCCUCUCCCACCUCUCCAUACGCCACCUAUCCCUAACAAUGACAUCCGAAAUCCUGACCCGCAUCCUCACCCACACCCAUCUGACCCUCCCCGCCCUCUCAACCACCGUCCCAGACCUCCACACCGCCGUCCGCUCGACAGUAAAGCAGUCCCUAACGCACCUACACGUCUUCCACACACAAACUUUUCCCUCGCUGCUCUCUACGCUGGACGCUGUGCCGGCGUACUUGGCGAACGGGCAGCGGCACAGGAGCAUGGCGAGGAGGGUGCACAGCGUCGUCGUGGAGGAUUUGGACGCUUACGUGGUUGGGAUCAGGGGCACUGCUGGCACGGUAGAGGACGCGGGGGCUAGGCUGACGAGGGCGUUGGUGAAGGCCGCGAGGGAGUUGAGGUGUGCCGUCGUGGUUACGUCGCAGUCGCCCAGUCCGCUGACUUCGAGGACGUCGUCAAUGGGGCUUUUGCGACUGGCGAUUCCGUUGGCGUGGGGGAGUGUGGCGAGGAAGGGGGAGGGGGUUGAGGUUAGGGAGGUUAGGGUUGCGGUUAGGAGGGUCGAGGUGUUGAGGUUUAAGCCUGGGAUUUGUGGAGAGGAGGCAAUGGCGGAGAAGGCGAAGAGGUGGGAUGUUGUGAAGAGGGGGAGGCUUGAGGUUUGGAAGGUUGGUGGAAGUGGGAGUGGGAGUGGGAUGGACGCUGGGAAAGGAGGUGGAGCUGGAUCAGGGAGAGAUGUGGAGAGUUUUGUGUUUAGGGUUGGGGAGUCUGGCGCUGCAAUUGAGAGGGAGGAAGAGCAAGCCUGA